GAGUUUUCCUUACAAAUUUAUUGUUGGAUAAUCUAAAAUUAAUACAGAAAAGACCAAAAACACCCAGUCUGCCUCCUACCCUCUUGAAAUUCUUUGUAAUUUAAAGGAAAAAGUUAAACCCAAUCCUGUAAACUCCUUCAAAAUAAAAAUAAAAAUCCCAUCGUUUUAUCACCUUCCAAACUGACCAUUAGCUACCCUUUGGAAAUGGAAGAAAACGGCAGCAGAGCUGAAGCCCUACGCCUUCUAGGAAUUGCCGAGAAGCUUCUACAAAAUCGUGAUUUCAACGGCUCCAGAGAGUUUGCAAUCUUAGCCCAAGAAACUGAACCUCUGUUGGACGGUUCUGAUCAGAUUCUGGCCGUCGUCGACGUCCUCCUCGCCGCCGAGAAAAGAAUAAACAAUCAACACGAUUGGUACUCCAUAUUACAAAUCGAUCGCCGAUCUGAAGACAAUGAUCUCAUCAAGAAACAGUAUCGUCGCCUAGCUCUCCUUCUCCAUCCAGACAAAAACAAGUUCCCUUUCGCCGAUCACGCGUUUAAGCUCGUAGCUGAUGCAUGGGCUGUUUUAUCGAACAUCUCUAAGAAAUCUCUUUACGACAAAGAAUUGGGCUUGUACACGAAGAUUGAUUUAAGCAGCCCCGGCGAUCGUUCGAAUCAAGCCGGGAAAUUACCCGUCACGAGAAAAGGGCAAAAUCAGGAGCAGUCGCAACAUCGCCCGCCCUCUAAGACCCAAAAUGAGAAUCAAAGGUCAAGAUUGUCAACAUUCUGGACAGCGUGUCCGUACUGUUAUAGGUUAUUUGAGUAUCCUAGGGUUUAUGAAGGUUGUUGUUUAAGGUGCCAGAAUUGCGAGAGAGCUUUCCAUGCGGUUCUGAUUCCGACUUUGCCCCCGCUGGUUCCGGGUCAAGAAGCUUAUUACUGUUGCUGGGCAUUUUUCCCGUUAGGGUUUGUAUCUGGAAGCCAGGACGGUGGAGGAAAACAGCCGACCGGGUUUACGAAUUGGAUGCCUCCUAUGUUUCCGGGGGUGCAGCAGGAGAAUGAAAGAAAUGGAGGUAAUGUGCCACCAAGCGCCCCUCCUCCUGCCCCUGCCCCACCAUCACCAGCCGCUCCUACAAGCGCCACCAAGGUGGUAUCAGGGGUUUCGCGUGGGGAUGCGUCUGAUUUCGCCCCAAGGAAGAGAGGGAGGCCAAGGAAGAAUCCGCUGUGAAGUUUGAUAGGUAUUGAAUUAUCGUUUUUGUAGCUUUGGUUUAGAAGGAACCUGACACCAUAAUGCAAGAGUUUUGGAUGAUUUUUAUGAAUGGAGGACAAAUAUGAUUGAGGUUGAAACUCUGUAAUGUUGGGUGGAAUUUGCAGGUAUUGUUGUAGUGGUUAAUUAUUUGGUUUUGUAGAAUUUAGAUUGUUUUCAUGUUCUAACUAGCACAUAGAUGAUUAUGUAAAUUUAUGAUUUAUGGAGCGAUGUCAAGUCAGCAAGUUCUUUCA